UCCACCCAACCCCACAAAAUACUUUAGAGGCCAUUUUUCUUGCUGUGUAGUUUCAAAUCCCUACAGGAGACGAGUCAAAUGGCUCAAGGAAGAGGCACCACCAGUAGCACGGUGGCUCUUGGGUUGGUAUUGAUUUGCCUGUUUGUUUGUCAAUUUGAGAUAAUCGAAUCGAAGGAAUACAUUGUUGGAGAUGCCCUCGGCUGGACCUUCGGCGUCGCCAAUUGGCCCAACGGCAAGAACUUUCAGGCAGGCGAUGUGCUUGUUUUCAGAUACGAUCCUCAAGCCCAUAACGUGGUGGCGGUCGAUGCUGCUGGAUACAAUAGCUGUAAAGUUGGAUUAAACUCCAAAGUCUACGACUCUGGAAACGAUCGGAUCUCACUGCAGAAAGGAGCCAACUACUUCUUCUGCAGCUUUGCAAACCAUUGCCAGAUGAAUUUGAAGAUUGCAGUAAAAGCAGCAUAGUUAUUGAAUCGAUCGACAGUUUCCUCCUACCAUGUAAUUGGAACAUAGCCCUAUUUGUCAAGAACAAAUGGGUUAUUUAUCUGAAUAAUGAUCAAUAAAGUCAGAUGUUGGCAUA